AUGGCCAAAGAUGAGGAGGAAGACAAGGGGAAGAAGAAGAAGAAGGGGAAGAAGCCCCCUGAACCAGAGAAACCCAAAAGAAGCCUCAAGGGUACCUCCAGGCUUUUUAUGGGCUUCCGGGAUAGGAUGCCAAAGAUAUCUAAGAAAGGUCAGUUCAGGAGUGCCUCACACUUCUUCUGGAGUCUCAACAAAGGCCCACAGAAGACCAAGAGGAAGAAGAAAGCCAAGACUGUGCUGCAAUCCACCUCCAAGUUGAUGACACAGAUGCGGGAGGGCAAGAAGAAGAAGGCAAUGAAGGAGAAGAAGCCAUCCUUCAUGGUGAUCCGUUUCCCCGGCAGGAGAGGCCGAGGAAAGCUAAAGCCCCGAGCUCGGGUGCUGAGCAAGGCAUCCACCUCCAUCAACUGGUUGACCAAAAGGUUCCUCAUCAAAAAGGCGGAAGAGUCGGGGAGUGAGCAGGCCUCCUUGGAUGCCUGGCUGAAUCGCUCUAGCUCCCGCUUCGGUUCUCAGAAGCUUCCAUUCCCUUCUGGGGCUGACAUCCUCAGGCGAGAGGGGAGGCUGAGGAGGUUCCCCAGAGGCCGAAGCUUAUAUGAGUCCGGAGAAACCAUCGGCUUCCUUCCCUUUGAGACAGAAGAACCCUUCCAUCAGUCUGGCUCAAGGAAGUCACUCUAUGGUCUGGAAGGCUUCCAGGACCUGGGGGAAUAUUAUGAUUACUACCGUGAGGGAGAUGAUUAUUAUGACCGGCAGUCGCUCCAUCAGUACGAGGAGCAAGAUCGGUACCGCUCCCCCUGGGGCUAUCACAGCUCAGAGGGGCCUGACUAUGAUGAGUACUACUACGGGUACCCUGUCCGAGACCCUUAUGAAUAUUACGAUGAUGAAUACUACGACACUGAUUACUAUGACCAUGAUUUCUAUGGUCCUGGUUACUAUGAUGAUGAUUACUAUGCCAACGAUUACUACAGGGAUGGUCUCUACCCUCCCUAUAGCUUUGGCUAUGGUUAUGGCUAUGAUGACUAUGCCCCACCUUAUGCUCCACCUUUUGGGUACUCACCCUACAGUUACUAUGAUGGCUAUGAAGAGCCAUCAUAUCCUUACAACUAUUACUUGGGUCCCUACAGCCCUUAUGAUGAGGUGGGGUACCACCCAGGAGGAUCUGAUGCCAUUUACCCUCCUGAGGCCCCUUUCCCAUAUCCUGAAGUUCCCCCCUUUGACUAUGCUUGGGAACCUCCCAUCCCAUCCCCCCAUAAUCCCUAUGCCCACCCCAUGGAUGACAUCAUGGAGCUGGAAGAGGGAGAACCAGAAGAGGAGCCAGGCAUUGAGCAGAAGGGUUAUACCUUCAAGCCACCCAGCACAUCCUUCUUUGAGCAGCAGGGCAUGGAGAAGUCAGCCACCUCCAAACUGUCCUUGAUCAGGAAAUUCCGACUCUUCCCCCGACCCCAGGUGAAAAUCUUUGGCAAAGAGAAACUGGAUGUGCCACUGCCUCCUUCCCUGGACAUCCCACUCACCACCGACGAGCAAGAGGAAGAGGAAGAAGAGGAAGAAGACCAGGGCCCACCAGUCUCUAUGCCUUAUGCCCCCUACCUCCACCCUUUCUAUGCUGGCUUCCUGUCUCCACGGGACCGAAAUGUCCAGAGAGCCCUGUCAGCCUUUAGGAUGAGGAGAGACCUGGGCUUCCACAGAGAGCUGGGCAGGCCCUCUCCACCUGCAACGUCACUUGCCCGAUUCAUAAAGAAAACACUUUCGGAAAAGAAACCCAUCCCCAAAUCUGGUGGCAGUGCCCGCCAAAAAGGUACAGGUUCAUUCCGGAGACCAGCUGUGAGGGAGGCGGCCUACAAGCGCUUUGGCUAUAAGCUCGCGGGCAUGGAUCCUGACAACCCUGCCACGCCGGUGACCCUGAGGAAAUUCCGCGGCCCUACAACUAACAACAGCUCACAGAGUGUUCCUCCCCCUUCUCCAUCCCCAGCACCUUCCAGGAAGAGUGUCCUCAUCUCCCCACCUCCCCUGAGGAAGAACGAGAACCCAGAUGGUCCCCUCAUCUCCCUCCUAGAGGUGGGAGUCAGAGGCUUCCCUCACCCCCCACCUGUCCGAAGCCUGAGGCGCCAGUCCCUUAACCUGCCCGGGAAGCCUCCCCACACCUGGAACAGGCUCAGUGAGCGUCCAAUUAAGGCAGUAAAGCCCCAGAUGCAUCUUCCACUCCAGAGGUCAUCACGCCGACGGCUCCCUCCCCAGCCACCUCCAGGUCCCUGGAGUGGUGAUGGGCCCGUGCCUGAUGUACCUCCCAGACAAGACAGCCGCCGAUCGCUAGGCAGGCAGGCGCCACCCUGGUUACCACCCCUGCUAGCCCCAAGCUGGGAUGUGGAUCUUCCCCCAAUCCAGCGCCCACCAUCGCCAUGGCCUGGCCUGACUGGCAGCCGGCGAGGCUUCUCCAAGAGACGCCAGCCACCAUCUUCAUUUCAUAGACCCUUCUUCCAACAGGUUGGUCACCCUGUGCCUGGACCUGCCCAUCCUCCAUCACCUGUUUUCCAAAAAAGGGCCAAUGACUCAGCCCAUGUUCUCCUUGGUAGGCUUGAAGAGCCUGGGCCUGGCCAGGUGUCUAAAUCAUCAAAUGAAGAUCCCAUGAAGCCUGAAAAAGAGGAAGGCGUCGAUGUACCCACCCCCAAGCCCUCUCUGGUCUCCAUCUCUCUCUCUCCUAGAGUCUCUGAGAAGUUUUCCCCAGGGCUCAUGCAGGGGCGGAAGGCACUCAACAGUAGUUUCUCUUACCCAUUGACUGCCUCACCUAGUAUAUCAUGGCCCAGCCUACGCAGGUGGGCAUCCUUGCCCAUAUCACUGGUCCAGUCGGCGCCUUCCACAGUACCUGCUGGAGCCCGAGAGAAAGGAGAACGAGGUCCAUUGAGGCCUGGACGCUUUGCAAUUGUUAUGCCUCGUGUUCAAAAGAUGAGCUCCUUCCAGCAGGUACAGACCAGACCACUAAUGGGGCCAGCGCAAGGCCUACCGAAGGCCCAGAAGCCCAGCUGGGUGCAUGUCUCUGUGUCAACUGAGACAUAUCGACGAUGGCCCAGGGUGACCACAGGCACCUUGUCCCAUUACCUGUCUUGUGAAGUGUCCCUCCAGUGCCAUGCCUUCAAGGGCCCCUGGGAGAAGGAAGGCCCAGUGAGCUGGAAGACUCAGAUGCAUUCCAUCCGCAACCUGCCGUCCAUGAGAUACCGGGUACAGCAGGAGGAAGAUGGUGUGGAAGACAUGACCCAGCUGGAGGACUUGCAAGAGUCUGCCGUGUUGUCCAAUCUGAAAACCAGAUUUGAAAGAAACCUCAUCUAUACCUACAUUGGCAGCAUCCUCGUGUCUGUGAACCCUUACCGAAUGUUUAACAUCUAUGGGAUGGAGCAGGUGUUGCAGUACAAAGGGCGAGCUCUGGGGGAGAAUCCACCGCACCUGUUUGCGACGGCGAACCUUGCUUACACCAAAAUGCUGGAUGCUAAACACAACCAGUGUAUUAUCAUCAGUGGGGAAAGCGGGUCAGGAAAGACUGAGGCCACAAAGCUGAUUCUGCGCUACUUGGCCACCAUGAACCAGAAGCGGGACAUCAUGCAACAGGUAAGAAUCCUUGAGGCCACACCCCUGCUGGAGGCCUUUGGAAAUGCCAAAACGGUGAGGAAUGACAACUCCAGUCGCUUUGGGAAGUUCAUAGAGAUCUUUUUGGAGAGCGGCUUGAUCUGUGGUGCCAUAACGUCUCAGUACCUCCUUGAAAAAUCCCGGAUUGUGUUUCAGGCCAAGAAUGAACGAAAUUACCACAUAUUCUAUGAGAUGCUGGCAGGACUCCCAGCCCAGCUGAAGCAGACCUUCAGUCUUCAGGAAGCUGAGACCUAUUACUACCUGAAUCAGGGUGGCAACUGUGAGAUCCUGGGUAAAAGUGAUGAAGCUGACUUCCAGAGACUCCUCAGUGCCAUGGAGGUUUUAAACUUUAGCAUUGAAGACCAGGACAGCAUCUUCCGAAUUCUGUCUUCCAUCCUCCACUUGGGCAAUGUGUACUUUGAAAAGUAUGAGACAGAUGCCCAGGAAGUAGCCUCUGUGGUGAGCGCCCGGGAGAUACAGGUUGUGGCCGAACUGCUCCAGAUCUCCCCAGAGGGACUGCAGAAGGCCAUCACCUUCAAAGUGACCGAGACAAUGAGAGAGAAGAUUUAUACCCCCCUCACUGUGGAAAGUGCCGUGGAUGCCAGAGAUGCUAUUGCCAAGAUUCUAUAUUCGAUGCUGUUUGGCUGGCUUAUCGACAGGAUCAAUACAUUGGUUUACCCCCAGAAGGAUGCUCUUUCCAUUGCCAUCCUGGACAUCUAUGGCUUUGAGGAUCUCAGCUUCAACAGUUUUGAGCAGCUGUGCAUCAACUAUGCCAAUGAGUACUUGCAGUACUUUUUCAACAAGAUUGUCUUCCAAGAGGAGCAGGAUGAGUACAUCCGAGAGCAAAUAGACUGGAGAGAAAUCACCUUCACUGACAAUCAGCCUUGUAUCAACCUUAUCUGCCUGAAGCCCUACGGUAUUCUCAGGAUUCUAGAUGACCAGAGUUGCUUCCCCCAGGCCACAGACCACACUUUCCUACAGAAAUGUCAUUACCACCAUGGCUCCAACCCCCUCUACUCCAAGCCCAAGAUGCCCCUGCCUGAAUUUACCAUCAAGCACUAUGCUGGCAAAGUCACCUACCAGGUGCACAAGUUUCUAGACAAAAAUUAUGACCAGGUGAGGCAGGAUGUGCUAGACCUGUUUGUCCGAAGUAAAACUCAAGUGGUGGCUCACCUCUUUGCCAGCCAUGCUCAGUUAACCUCCCACCAUCGCUUGGGGAAGAACAAUACCCUCACGCGUCUCUACAAGGCUCCCACUGUGGCUGCUAAGUUUCAGCAGUCUCUCCUGGACCUAGUGGACAAGAUGGAGAGGUGCAACCCUCUGUUUGUCCGAUGCCUCAAACCCAACCACAAAAAGGAGCCUGAUCUCUUCGAGCCAGAUGUGGUGAUGGGACAGCUCCGAUACUCAGGGGUCAUGGAGACCAUCCGGAUCCGAAAAGAGGGCUUCCCUGUGCGCAUUCCCUUCCAGGUCUUCAUUGACAGGUACAGAUGCCUGGUGUCUCUCAAACAUGACAUACCAGCUACUGGGGAAGCGUGUGUCUCAGUGCUCAAUAGACUUUGCACAGUCACCCACCGCAUGUACUGCAUUGGAGUCAGCAAGCUGUUCCUGAAGGAACAUCUGUACCAGCUGCUGGAGAGCAUGAGGGACAGAGUUCUGCACCUGGCAGUGCUCACGCUGCAGCGAUGCCUCCGAGGUUUCUUCAUCAAAAGGCGCUUCCGAUCCCUGCGCCGCAAGAUCAUCCUUCUCCAGAGCGUCUCUCGGGGCUACCUCGCCAGGAAGAAGUACCGGAAAAUGAAGAGGAAUUUGGUCAAGUUCAGAUCUCUGGUGAACAUGUAUGUGAACCAAAAGCAGUACCUGAGGGUAAGGUCAACCCCACCUCACCUUCCCACCACCAGCCACAUACAUACAAAUACACCAGGAACCAGGUCCUUUCUCAUCCCAAUUCCAGGGAAAGUUUCAGGGGCACAGGGAUGGCAUAGCCCUAAACCUACAGAUUGGUGCCCACUCUGGAUGGGUAGCCACUUUCCACCCCCAGUCUCUUUAAAACUCUGGUGCCUGGCGUCCCCUGAACCCAGGACCAGGGGAGGAGGGAGAAUCCCCUCUGAGUGCUGCGUCCCCCAGGAACUGACCAAGAGAGAGGUGGUGAAUGUGGCCUGCCUUGAGGUGCCCGCUGAGCUGUCAGGACUCCUACAGGUGGUGACAGUGUACAAACAGGCAAAUGCUGGCUGCGUGGUUUCUGUCCGUACCCCCAAGCUACAGACUGAUCCUCAGAUUGCACUGCCCCUUGACAUCAACAACUAUCCUAUGGUCAAGUACAUCCAGGCCCACUUCAAGGAUCCUGCCUUUGGGAUGCUUACUGAGCCACUACAAAGCCCCCUUACCAGCCUGGAGAAAGAGCAUCACCCAGAGGCCAUCAGCAUCUUCAAGCUGAUUCUACGCUUCAUGGGUGAUCCCCACCUCCACGGAGCUCAGGACAACCUGUUUGGGAAUUAUAUUGUCCAGAAGGGGCUCACAAAGGCUGAGCUGAGGGAUGAGAUCCUGGUCCAGCUGGCCAAUCAGGUGUGGCGGAACCCCAACGUCAGCAACAAGGAACGUGGUUGGCUCCUGUUGGCCUCCUGCCUCAGUGGUUUUGCACCCUCGCCUCGCCUGGACAAGUAUUUGCUCAAGUUUGUCUCUGAUUAUGCCCACAAUGGCUUCCAGGCUAUGUGUCAGCACAGACUCAUACAGGCCAUGGCCAAAGCCCAGAAGGGUCCUGGAGCAGCCCGAACCUUCCCUCCAACCCUACUUGAAUGGACAGUUACUCAAAAGAAGGCCAACAUGGCGUUAGAUGUCCACUGCUUUAAUGGGGACCAGUUUUCUUGCCCAAUCCAUUCAUGGAGCACAGGAGAGGAUGUGACUGGAGACAUUCUGAAACACAGGGGGCUAACCGAUGGUUGGAGGGGCUGGACGGUCUCCCUGAAGAACGGUAGCCAGUGGGCUGAGUUGGCGGGCCACGAUUACGUCCUGGAUCUGAUCUCAGACAUGGAGCUUAUCUGGGACUUCCCGAAGCAGAAAUCCUACUUUAUCAUCACCUCUGAGGGGGCAGAGAAGGGCAGGAGCAGCGCCCGAAUGGUGUUUGGAAACAACUGGGACUCUGAUGAGGAGACCCCUGCCCUUCCCCUGCACAGAAGGCGCUCCAUUCGGACAACAAAACUUCCUGACUCAGAUGGUUAUUUCAGUCACGCAGACUCAGAGAGCUCCAGGGAGCCGGCUGCCCCACAGAAGGGAUUGGAUCGUUACCUGGAUAGCCUCUUUGACCCUGUGCUUGCCUAUGGAAACACGGAUCUGGAGAAGCCAACUGCUAUUUCUUAUAGGAUGAAAGGGGGAGGUCAACCCAAAGGUGAUGACGAUCCAGCUGGGCCCCCUGGAAUACCCCAAGAACCAGUCCCAGGCCUGGACCCCUCCACGUUGGCGCUGCAGCAAGCCUUCAUCCACAAGCAGGCCAUGCUUCUGGCUCGAGAGAUGACUCUUCAGGCCAUGGCCCUCCAGCAGCAGCAGCAGCAGCAGCAGCAGCAGCAGCAGCAGCAGUUGAGAGAUCCGGUCCCCUCUGCUGGAGCUUCCUCAGCUCCCCUGGAAUCCUCCCCCCAGCCCCUGCCCCCCAAAAAGCCAGUAGGGGCAGAUGUCCCUCUAAAGGCCAAGAGCAGAAGUCCACCUGCCAAGCCAGUGCUAAUCUAUGCAGCCCCAGCUCUGGGAGACCCUGGAGGAGUUGGCUUCCAGCCCAAGGCCUUAGUAUCUGGAUCUCCCUUGAAGACUAAGGGCUCCAUCCCCCCUAUUAAACCUGUGGCCACCCCUAUCCGGGUACGGGACCAACAUUCUCCUCUAAGAACCUUCUCGCCCUCCCCAGAGCUUGUACGUCAUUCCAUCCUCAACUCGGAGCAUUUCCCUCAGCCCACCCAACAGAUCAAGACCAUAAUCCGCCAGUGCCAGCAACCACCCAGAGCUCCAGAUGGUCUCAGGAAGGAAAGUGGGAAGGUGUUUGUGAAGAAAUCAGAUCCUCAUGAAGAGGCCCUCCUGAUCCUGAAGGAGCAAAUGACCCACUCGGCCCCCAUCAACCUGGGAAGUCAAGGUCCAAGACAGACCGUGGCCUUGGUGAAGCCUGUGACCAGCCCUAGGCCCCAGGGCCUAACCCCUGCUGCCAAACCAGUCUCUCGGGCACUUGUUCCAGAGGAGGACCCCAUCCAAACACAGCUCCACCGGCAGAGCAAUGAGACCUUCUACAGCUACCAGGGAGUGCCCUGGAAGAUAUACCUCCGAAAAGAGGUGUUUUACCCCAAGGACAGCUACAAUCACCCAGUCCUCCUGGACCUCCUCUUCAGACAGAUCCUCCAUGACACCUUCUCUGAAUCCUGCAUCAGAAUCUCCAAGGAAGAGAGGAUGAAGAUGAAAUCCAUCUUUGUCGAGAACAAGUUGGAUUCACUGCAUCCGGUGGUGAAUGAGAGUAUCAAGAGGGCAGUGGUCAGCGAAGCUCGAGAGGGCUGGGAAGUCUAUUUCUCCCGACUCUUCCCAGCUACGGGCAGUGUGGGCACAGGCGUACAGAUCCUGGCUGUGUCUCAUGUAGGCAUCAAGCUCCUUCGCUUGGUAAAGGGCAGUUGGUCAUCAGGGGAACAGCUUCGGGUCUUACGGAGUUACAGCUAUACAGACAUCCUUUUUGUGACCAUCCCUUCCAUGAACAUGCUGGAAUUCAACCUGGCCAGUGAGAAACUCAUUCUUUUCUCAGCCCGAGCUCCUCAGGUGAAAAGCAUGGUGGAUGACUUUAUUCUGGAACUCAAAAAGGAUUCUGAUUACGUGGUUGCUGUGAGAAACUACCUGCCGGAUGACCCGAAUCUCUUGAGCUUCCACAAGGGUGACAUCAUCCAUUUGCAAUCUUCAGAGUGGCCCGAGAGGGGCUACAAUUAUGGCUAUGUAGUCAGGAAGAAGGUUAUCUACCUGGAGGAGCUGAAGAGGGGCACCCAGGACUUUGGAUGGAAGUUUGGAGCCAUCCACGGGAGGCCUGGCCGAUUCCCCAUGGACCUGGUACAACCUGUAGCUGCCCCUGACUUCCUCCAGCUGCCCUCAGAGCUGGACAUAGGUGGGCCUCGGGACCAGUCAGGAAGAGCAGCCGCUGUGGCUAUAGCAGUGGCUUCUUCAACUGUGGCCCAGGAGUUUGGCAGGAAGACAGAGGCCUCCAUGGCUAGGGACAUCUCCAGGGAGUUUGGGCAGGAGGUCUAUGGGGCAUCUCUACUCCCCAGUCAUCAGUAUACAAUGCUGGAAUUCGCUCAAAAGUAUUUCCGGGAUCCACAAAGGCGGUCCAUGGAUUCUUUCAGGCAGAAAUCCAAGAAAGGAAGAGAAUCCAGAGACGUGAGCAACAUGCUGAAAUUUUCCAAGACACCCAUCCAGGAAUCCCUCAUCGAGUUCAGCAACAGCAGCCUGAACAAAAUUACCACAGAGAUGUUCCUAGCUGUGAUGAAGUUCAUGGGUGAUUUCCCGAUGAAGGCCCAGACCGAGUUGGAUGUGCUCCGCUCUUUCUUAAAGCUCUGCAGGGACCAUGAAGUGCUUCGAGAUGAAGCCUACUGCCAGGUCAUCAAGCAGAUCACAGACAACACCAGCACGAAGCCGGACAGCUGCCAAAGAGGCUGGAGGCUGCUGCACAUCCUUGCGGCCUACCACAAGUGCUCAGACGUCCUGAAGCCAUACCUCUUCCGAUUCUUUCAGGAUGUGUGUAGGAGUCCCGGCUUACACUUCCAGGGGAUUGCGAAGGCCUGUGAGCAGAACCUUCAGAAAACCUUCCAGUUUGGUGGCCGAAGUGAGCUUCCCAGCAACAUGGAGUUGAGGGCCAUAUUGGCUGGCCGUAGUUCCAAGAGGCAACUGUUUCUCCUUCCCGGAGGGCUUGAACGUCACCUGAAGAUCAAGACCUGCACGGUGGCCCUAGAUGUGGUUUCAGAGAUCUGCAUUGAGAUGGGCCUGACAAGGACUGAGGCCGUCAGUGAAUAUGUGAUUUUUGCUGUCACCGGCCAAGGCCAGAACGUCUGUCCCUUGAGCCGGCGGGACUACAUCCUAGAUGUGGCCUCAGAGAUGGAGCAGGUGGACAGUGGCUACACAUUCUGGUACCGGCGCAUCCUGUGGACUCAGCCACUCAAAUUUGAGAAUGAGCUCUAUGUCACCAUGCACUACAGCCAGGUCCUGCCUGAUUAUCUAAAGGGCCUCUUCAACACCUUACCCACUGAACAACCCAGUGAGCAGCAGCGGCAGCAGGUGUCCAAGCUAGCUGCCCUCCAGCAUCGUGCCAAGGACAGUGUCUAUCUGCCCAGUGUCCGUGAAGCCCAGGAGUACAUCCCACCCCAGUUCUAUCGCACAUUGAAGGGGCAGGCCUGGCUGAACCUGGUGGUCCAGCACAUGCAACAGAUCCAGGCCCUGAGCCCCCAUCAGGCCAGGGCCCAGUUCCUUGGGCUCCUCAGUGCCUAUCCCAUGUUUGGCUCCUCCUUCUUCUUCAUCCAGAGUUGCAGCAACAACACCGUGCUCACGCCCUGCAUCCUGGCUGUCAACCAGAAUGGCCUCAACUUCCUCAACAAGGAGACCCAUGAGCUGACAGUGAAAUUUCCUCUGAAGGAAAUUCAAUCCACACGCACCCAGAGACCCACUGCUGGCUCCAGCUAUCCCUACGUGGAGAUCACACUGGGGAACUUGACUGUACAACGAAUCAUGCAGCUGCAGCUCGAGCAGGGCCUGGAGCUGUGCCGGGUUGUGGCUGCACAUGUGGAGAGCCUACUAUGUGCCCGAGAGAAACGGUUCACACUGCCUCCUAGUGAGAUCACCCUGCUCUGAUUUGUUUCGACAUCUACUUCUUUCCUUGGCCGCUGAAGCUGCCCACCCAGCUCUACCCAGAACCUAUGGAAGACCCUGGACAGGCCAAGGAGUGACUUCACAUUGACUUGGCAGAUCUACAGUGGAGUGCCCCAGAGAUCUGUGUCUGGCCUCGGGUUGCUUACCAUUUUUAACCAGUGAUGUGGACAAAGGCCUUCAAGGGAUGCUCAUUGGAUUUCAGAAUUUUCAGAUUUCACCCAAUUAAGUGAAUGAGUUAACAUAAUGGAUGAUAAUGUCAGGAUCCAAAAAGAUCUGGAAGACAUUGGACUAAAUCUAAGGCAAUGAAAUCCAAUAGGAAUAAAUGAGAAGUCUAACACUUGGGAUCAAAAAAUCAAUUUCACAAAUAGAGUAUAGGGGAAGCACAUUAGCCAGUAUUUGUUCUGAAAAAGAGUUAAGCAGACUAUAAGCUCCACAUGAGUUAGUAGUAUGUUAUAAUAGCCAAAAAAUGCUAAUGCAAUCUGGGGCAACAUUAAGAGAGGUAUGGCUUCCAGGAAAAAAAUUAAUAAAAGGAAGUGAUAAUCUCACUGUCCUCUGCUACGGUCAGACCACAGCUUGUUAUAUUGUGUUCAGUUCUGAGAAUCACUGUUUAGGGAAAACUUGGAUAAAGCUAGAGAGAGUCCAGAGGAGAACAACUAGGCUAGUGAAGGGCUUUGAGUCCAUGUCAUAAGGAACCAAGGAUGUUUGCCUGGGGGAGCUAAGACUGAGGGGAGACAUUGUAAGAGUAUUUGGAGGGCUUAUCAUGUGAAAGACAGAUUAGGUUUGUUCUAUUUGGCCCCAAAAGGCAUUACCAGCAGCAAUGGCUGGAAAGUGUUAAAGGGGAACAUUUAGGCUUGGUGUCAGAGAAAACCUUCUAACAAGUAGAGCAUAGAAUGAGUUACAUUGAAAAGAGGUAGGCUUCUCCUCGUUGGAGGUCUUCAAUCAGAGAAUGUAUAACCAUUUGUUGGGUUUAUUACAGUAGGGAUACCUUUUCAGAUAUGGGUUAGAUUAAAUGUCCCCCUGAGGCCCCUUCUUACUCUGAACUUCUAGAAGUUCAACCCUAUGCUUCUGCAACUCUUCCCAGACUAUUCAGGUAGACUGGGUCUUCCAAGAGAGUCUUCAACAAACCCUGGCUGUAAAUGAUCAGAGUCUGUGGUCCCUCUCAAGACUCAGAGAAAACCACUUUUGUUAAGAGACUGGAAUAGGAGUGUGACAGUCAUGUUAGAUUCUGAGUUAGACUCAAGAAACGAGCACUGUGUUGUAUUAGGGUAGAUAUCUUAUGGUUUAUUUUGAAGAACCAUGAUACUCCUAUACGGCCAUCCCUUCAAGGGUCAGUGCCAGAUCAUGACACCCUCCCUGAAGGCUCUUCUGAGCUAUGGAAGGCUUUAGAAUAGAGAAAAGUUAAAGGAACAGGAAAUCUGCAUCUGCAUGAGGAGAGGCUAGAGGAGACUACAAAAACUAAUGGAACCGUAUUAUCAUGGGAAGACAUCAAUCAACAAGCAUUUGUAAAGCACCAAAAGGAGAAGGAAGAAUUUCUUGACAGUUUCCAUUUAAUCCUGAAAAUGGCAGACUGCCUACUAAAGAUGAGAUUGAUAUCCAGUUCUGUGCUGGCUCAAACCCACUUUUUUUAGGAAGCCUUCCCUCCAAUAUUUAUCAAUAAAUGAAUGUCUUUGCCCAGC